UACUGUGAAUUCAAGGUUAAGGAUCAAAAGGCACUUGAGGAGGGAAUUGGAGUGGAAGGGUAUUUAGACCUUAGACCUUGGGGGAAUUUCUUCCCAAUGCAAAUAUUAGCUUUGGAUAGGGACUUUCCUGAAGAUCAAAGCAGAAUACCAAAAGGUUAAAUAACCUCUCCAUGUUCUCUGUGAACCCAAUAUUUAUCAAUUUCUGUCAACUAAUGCUCUUUUGUUUGUAAAACCUCACAGACUAAAUGCAAACAUACAUUUACUAUUGCCUGCACUCUGGCCCUUAUUUGACUGGAAUGCUCUCCACCACAUUUAAGAUAACUCCCUGAUGCCACCUUGUGGAGAGUUAUGAAUGAGGAAAAGUCAUUUGGAAAAUUCAAAAUAACCCCUCAAACCUAAUCUUCUAAAUGGACAACUGGAGAGUUAUUACAGCAUGUCUACCUGCUACAACUGAGGCCAUAAAGCAAGUGUCCAAUAACUCACAGGCAACCCACUGCUAGAUGCACUGCAGCUCCAUCCCAUAUCAUGCAAGUCAGCUGCUGCUCACACCUUUGUUUUUCACAUCCAGUGUCCCUUUCUGUGCUGGAAAAUUCUUGUUUGGGCAGGCUUCACACGCAACCAAGGACCCAUGCCAGGCAAAUGCCAGGAUAAACACAUUCCUCCGCCAGACACAAAGGCAACAUUGAGGAACCCAGCUGCCCUCCAGCAAGGCACUGCUGGACUUGGAUGACUGAAUGAGCACAGCAGUCCUGUUGCCCUCAUGCUCCCCAAAGCAAACCCCUAAGCAGGAACUAAAUAUAAAUCCCAGCUGUCAUCCUUGAUACAUCAAGUGUAAGUAAAAACAGGCACAGAAGACCAGUAAACAUAUGGAGAUGGAGCCAUUUUGUGACUAUCUGCACCAAGCCUGCCUCUGAAUGCAAGCAGGGGCUCCCUUCUUGCCAUCCAUUUCAAGUGAUCACAUAAUUGCUCCUAGGCAGCAUCUAGGACCCGUACAUUUGCCUCAGACAAAAAGAAAGGGCAAAGGGGAGAGAUUUUCUGCUACACUUAAUCAGGCAAUACUCAAAUUCAAAGGAGGGAGGAAUGGGUCUUAAAAAACCAGAAACAAAUCUGUCUUUAAAAACCAAGCACUUCCCGCUAAGGAAAAACGGUGCGCCAAUGAGCUCAAGACAUCUACUGGUGUCCUGGUUCUCCAUGGAAAAGAGGGAACUGAGCAAACCCUUGGUCUUCAGUUCACAAUCACCCCUUUUCAGAGCUGAAAAGUUCACCUACCCCUUUUUAGCUCUCAAGCCAGAACAAGAACAAGAAGCAUCAACGACAAGGAUAUUCUGUACUCGCUGAGCUCUUUUAGGUCUUCCUCUCGACGCUGCUUUUCUAUCAGCGUUUGCUGCCGUGAAACCUCAUCGAGGAACUUGGUCUCGUCUUCGUCUAGGCCUCUGACCAUGUUUUCUGAAGAUGACAGGAGAACAGCCAUGGUUACUAUGACAAAUCUUUGACUAGGGAGCCACUGCUAUCUUGGUCCUCCAUUACCGCAUGGUCCCAUUCUGGAUUUGAUGGUUCUCAUUGUGCUUUAAGCAGCUAGGGAAAGCGAGGCCUGUAGGUCAAAUAUGGGUCCUGGGCCAUACUUUUACAACCUCUAAAGCCCUGCCCCAUCACUCCCAAUUUAAACAAAAAUUGGUGCAUGUGAGAAUGUGCAGAAAAAUACACUACCUAUAUGGCCUACUCAGAAUCCAUUUCAUUACUGCAGUGGGGAUGUGUGACUGUUUUGGGGAGCAAAAGACUCACAAAGGGAAAACAUAUUAAAAAUGGGCGUGCAGGUCCCAUGUGGGGUGUGAGUCAAACAUCCCAUAGCAAGGUUUAAAGUAAAACUCUACAGGAAUCUGAGAGAUGUAAUGGGACUAGAAACAUGGAGUGCUGAAUCUCUCUAUGGCAGGAUCCACAGAGGUGCUUCCUCCUAACACUUACUAAACUUGAACUGUUCUUCAAAUUCCUGCUGCUUCUUGUCUUUCUGCUCUUGGAGUCUUUCAUAGAGCGAUCGGGGGUCAUACACUUCCUCGGGACAUUCUGGGAGAUGGAGAAGAAACACAUUUUACAGACCUUCUCUUGGGUGACCAAUGUGUAUCUCCAGUGAUGAUGUCAGAAAGGAAACCAACCAUUCCCCGUCGGUUCCAGUUAUUACAAACUCACACGAUGCAAAGGCUGCAAUUUAGCACCCAAAAGAAAUUGCUUUUAAAACUGUCUAGAUGAUUGUCGUUGCUUUUGUGGUGUUCUAUGUGAGUAGAAGCCUUCUCCAAGGUGUACGGCAGACUCUUGAGCAGCACCUUCCCUGUUUGCUGCAAAUCUUGGGGGCUAGCACCAUGGGGAACUCCUGCGUUUGUCGAGAAGACAGUGGAGCGGAAGACAAUGUGGAAUCUAGGAGUCGCCAGACAGAGAACAGCAGGGUACCUGCACCUGAAACAAGGAGCCAUCCAAGGGACCCAGUCCGGCCACCCCGACGAGGACGGGGGCCACACGAACCACGAAGGAAGAAACAUAACGUGGAUGGAUUAGUACUUGACACACUGGCAGUAAUUCGGACACUUGUGGACAACGAUCAGGAACCUCCUUAUUCCAUGAUGACUUUGCAUGAAAUGGCUGAAACAGAUGAAGGCUGGCUGGAAGUUGUCCAAUCGUUAAUUAGAGUUAUUCCAUUAGAAGAUCCCCUGGGACCAGCUGUUAUAACGUUACUUUUGGAUGAGUGUCCUUUGCCAACAAAAGAUGCGUUGCAGAAACUGACGGAAAUAUUAAAUUUAAGCGGAGCUGUUGCUCGCCAAGACGCCUGUCAUCCUGCCAAACAUCGGAACACCACUGCAGUCCUGGGAUGUUUAGCAGAGAAGCUGGCAGGCCCUGCAAGUGUAGGCUUACUCAGUCAAGGAAUCUUGGAAUACUUACUGCAGAGCUUGGCGUUCCAGUCCCACCCAACAGUAAUGCUUUUUGCACUAAUAGCCCUGGAAAAGUUUGCACAAACAAGUGAAAAUAAAAUGACCAUUUCUGAGACGUGCAUCAGCGACCAACUUGUCUUGUUAGAGAAAUGGAUGGAUAAUCCAGACUACUUAAAACGCCAAGUCGGUUUCUGUGCUCAGUGGAGUUUAGAUAAUCUGUUUUUGAAAGAAGGAAGACAGUUUACGUAUGAGAAAGUUGACUUGACCCAUGUUAAUGCCAUGCUAAAUAGUAAUGAUGUCAGUGAAUACCUUAAGAUCUCACCACAUGGUUUGGAGGCCCGAUGCGACGCCUCGUCUUUUGAAAGCGUCCGGUGUACAUUCUGCGUGGAUUCUGGAGUUUGGUAUUACGAAGUCACAGUCAUUACGUCUGGAGUCAUGCAAAUAGGAUGGGCUACCAAAGACAGCAAAUUUCUCAACCAUGAAGGUUAUGGUAUUGGGGACGAUGAGUACUCCUGCGCAUACGACGGCUGCCGGCAGCUGAUCUGGUAUAAUGCCAGAAGUAAACCGCAUUCCCAUCCGUGCUGGAAGGAAGGUGACACAAUAGGAUUUUUACUAGACCUGCAGGACAAGAAAAUGAUUUUUUAUUUAAACGGGAACCAGCUUCCAGCUGAGAAGCAAGUCUUUUCUUCUGCUGUGUCUGGCUUCUUCGCUGCAGCUAGUUUCAUGUCGUAUCAACAGUGCGAGUUCAACUUUGGAGCAAAACCUUUCAAAUACCCCCCAUCAGCUAAAUUUAGCACCUUUAACAACUAUGCCUUCCUGACAGCAGAAGAGAAAAUCAUUUUACCAAGACACAGACGCCUGGCCUUGUUGAAGCAAGUGAGCAUCCGAGAAAACUGCUGCACCCUUUGCUGUGAUGAAAUAGCUGACACAGAACUCAGACCAUGUGGACACAGCGACCUGUGCAUGGAAUGUGCCUUGCAGCUAGAGACCUGCCCUCUGUGUCGGCAAGAAAUACAGACCCGGGUCAGACAGAUCGCUCACAUUUCAUGACACGCAGAGAACCCUUUUGAUCUCGCGGACUCGCUGCUCUUCCUUUCCGUUCGGCGCCCGAAGGAAGGAAAUGAAGGCAACUCAAGCCGAGCCCCAUGUUCGCCGGGAGCCCCAGCCGCGGGCCAUUUCCGCAACGGACGGCGCAUGGGAACAUGUCAAAUCACGCUGCUGCCUCAGAGCCGUGGAAUGUUUCUUUUAGCAGUAAUGAAAGUCGGUGGCGAAACUCGAGUUCCCUGUCGGUUUCUCUCCAGCCAAGAUUGCUAUAAAAACCCUUACAUUUCCUCCCCAUCUCUUUAAUUCCCCCUCUCUCUUUAUUUUUCCUCCUGUUCCUCCUACUUUUGCCUAUCAUGUACCGAAGGUUUUGCACUGGAAACAACGUACAGCUCACAAUAAUGUGUAUACCAGGGGCAUAUCUGACUCUCGAGGACAUUGUUUUAUUUUCUAGCGGUCGUCACGCAUCUUCAAAGCAAAGUACCAAUAUUUCUUGGUCGAUGUAGCUUCCUGCUGGUCAGAGACCCUUCUGUAUUGUUAUUAUUAUUAUUGUUGUUAUUAUUAUUUUGUUUGGGGGGGGGGACACAGUCGACAUGAAUAUGUUCAAAGGCUUGAAAAAUCUUACAUGAAGAAACUGAUUUGUAAAGACGGUAUGAAGACUAUAGAAGAACCCAAGCUUGGUUUUUUCGGUAACUCUGUGAUUCCAAAGAACAUGGAUUGUCGUUUUUCGUUCUUUGAUUCCUUCGAUUUCAGUCCCUGCGUUUUUGGUUGUAACUAAUUUCCAGGAGGAGGAAUCCGUAUAUAACUUGCAGUGCCAGACUGGAGAGUUAGUUUGAUAGCCUCAGUAUUUUUUAUGGUACCAUUGAUCAUUGUGCUUAAUUUUGUUUUUGUUUUUUUAAAUUUCGAUAUCUGUUCUUGCAAAUCCUGUACGUUUUUGGAAAUGUUGGAACUAUAUAGAUCUCAAGAUCUGGAAAGAAAAUGCGGAGCAAAUGUGUUAAACUGUUGUUUUGGAAGAAAAAAAAAUACAUGUUUGAAUAGCAAGUCA